AUGGACGCGCCUGGCGAGACAAAAGCAAAUGGAGGUCCUGAGAAUGGCCUCAGAGAGAACAAUGAAUCUCCGCGCAGCCGAUCACCCUCCGAUACGAACCCCGAGGAACACGAGCGACGUCAUCAAAGCAGUGAAGAUGAAUCUGCGGGCAGCGAUGAUAGAGACAACGAUGAUGAUCAAGACUUGGAUGAAUCCGACGAGGAAGAUGAAGAGCCAAAGCUCAAAUAUGCAUACCUGUCCAAGCAUCUGAGCUCCGUUUAUCGCAAUGGGGACGCGACCAGCACAUUCCUCGUCGCAGGAGACAAGAUGAUCGUGGGAACACACAAUGGUGUCAUACACGUUCUUUUAUUACCCCUAAUGCAACCUCUCCGUGUAUACCAUGCCCACUCAGCAAGCGUCACAUCCAUAUCUAUAUCUCCAUUCCCGCCGCCCUUGCCCAAUUCAAAGCUCGAUGCUGCAGUCAGACAAGCCGCGGAGGAUUCUCGCCCUCCGACACGGACCUCCACCAGCUCGGGCAGUAUUCGGGGUCACAGGUCAAGCCAACAAGCGGCUGUCCCAAACACACCGUCCAACGCAAUUUACAUCGCAUCGGCGUCGAUCGAUGGAAACGUGUGCAUAUCAUCGUUGGUAGAUCCGAAAGAUAUCAUGAAACGGAACUUUGGGCGACCUGUUCAGGCGGUCGCCCUUUCGCCAGAUUACAAGAAUGAUAGAACGUUUAUCUCCGGUGGGCGAGCUGGUGAGCUAAUUUUGACCACCGGCGGUCGUGUGGGGGCCAGUUCAAAUGCUACUACAAUGGGAGGAGCAACUGCAGCGGCAUCAAGCUGGUUGGGAUCAAUGGGACUGGGUAACAACAGCGGAAAGGAUGUAAUUCUGCACAGUGGUGAAGGUGCUAUCAGCACCAUCCGGUGGUCUUUGUCAGGCAAAUAUGUUACUUGGGCCAACGAGGAGGGCAUCAAGAUUAUGCGCUCCAACCUGCAUCUAGAAUCCAUGGAGGCCGAGUUUGCGUGGAAGCGGAUCAGUCACAUAGACCGGCCAAAUGGGCCAGGAUGGGAAGAAAUGGCGAGCGUUUGGAAGGCGCGUGCCGAGUGGAUUGACCAAACGGCCUUGGACGACCAUGAUAAUCUUGACUCCAGUGAUGAUACGGCACAAACUGCACCACCGCCUCCAGCACCAACUGAGAAGAUUGAAAAACUUGUCGUGGGCUGGGGAGGUACUGUAUGGGUCAUUGAUGUUUACCCGGAUAGGGCGAGCAAGCAUUCGAAGGGCGAAAAAUAUGGUUCUGCAGAGGUUACUACUAUUCUACGAACAGAUUGUAUGAUAUCUGGAAUCUCUUUGUACACGCCUCGUCUUCUUGUUAUCCUGGCAUAUAUUGAAGCAGAUGGCGACCAGAGCUCUUCUGGGUCCCGGCAUCGCCAGAGAGGCCAAGAGCCUGAACUGCGACUUAUUGACUUAGAUACCAAGGAAGAGCUCAGCGCCGACACGCUUUCCGUCAAUCGAUUUGAAGGCCUGACUGCAUCAGACUACCAUCUAAGUGUCUUGCCACCAUGGAAAACCCCUGAAGGGCAAGCUGUUCAGCGUGGGGCCCUAGGGACUCUUGGUCAUGGCCUUCUGGAUGCAACAAUGUACUCGGCACGACUAUUCAGCUCCGGUGCUAGCAUCCGAAGUACCGCCAGCAGUGGCGAUAGGGUUUCUGCACGAGUCCCUCCAUCAUUUAGCUCUAGACAGUUGCCUGUUGAUGAGCUUCCAAAAGAAGUACAGGAUGUUGCAGUUGCUUCAGGCGCAAAGAUAUUUAUUCAUAGCCCAUACGACUGUGUUGUUGCUGUGAAGAGGGAUCUUUCUGACCGACUGGCUUGGCUCGACUCACGUGGGCAGUACGAAGAUGCGUGGAAGCUUCUCAAUGAACAUCCCGAGGCUGCGGGUUCAGUCUCGGUCUCGAAGGAUGCCGGGUCCCUCAAAUCUAAGUCAAGCUUGGGUGACUUCUUUGCUGAUGACCGGUCAUCAAUAAUCACCGCCGGUCGUAGUAAUCAGGUUUCCGCUGCGGACCUAGAGAAGGCUCGGCUUGGUGAACUCUGGAUUGAGCAGCUUAUUCAUGAUGAAAAAUGGAGCGAAGCCGCCCAAGUCUGCAGCAAGGUUCUCAACCACGCAGCUCGAUGGGAACAUUGGGCAUGGGAGUUCAUUAAGAGUGAGAAAGUGGACGAUAUCACACCGUAUAUUCCCACAGAAACGCGCAAUGCGCUACCUCCGAAGGUCUAUGAAGUUAUCCUUGGUGAUUAUGUCUCCCGGGACCUAGCCCAAUUCAAGGAAUUGAUUGAGACAUGGCCAUCUGACUUGUUCAACUCCGACACUGUGACAUUGUCAAUUCAAGAACAGCUCAAGUCCGAUUCAAUACGCGAAGACUCCGAAGAAUGGAGGGUUCUAACGGAUUGCCUUGCCAAAAUGUAUGUUGUGGGUGGCCAUUACCGAGAGGCCUUACAUUGCUACAUUAAACUACAAGAUGCCGAUGCUGCUAUGUCAUUGAUUAAGGAACAUCAUUUGGUCGAUGCCGUGUCUGAUAAGAUCGUGGCGUUCAUUAUGAUUCGAAUCUCCAAAACGCAGAUGAAAUCAGCACCGAAAUCUGAAUUGGAAGAGCUAGCUGCAGAACCAAUUCAGUUACUUGCCAGAGAGGCCUACACUGGAAUUGUCCCCCCAGAAACUGUGGUCCAGCAGCUGAAUGACGCAAAUCGUGUUCUUUUCAUCUACUUUUAUCUGCGUGCGCUAUGGCGUGGCGAGUUUCUUCCUCAGGACGCGUCGAAGCCAGCCAGAGGUCGCGGGGCCCAUGCCAGGGACGCAGCGAGCAAAUUAGCUGCAGACGAAGGAAAGGCUUUAAUCGAUAAGUUCGCCGAUACAGCCGUGGAAGUAUUUGCGGACUACGAUCGACCUUUGCUGAUGGAGUUCCUGCAAACGAGCAUCUCAUACACCUUCGAGACUGCAACCUCAAUCUGCGAACAACGCCACUUUACCCCGGAAUUAAUCUUCCUUUUGUCUAAGAUGGGCCAAACAAAGCGGGCCUUGAACCUGAUUUUGUCUGACUUAAAGGACGUAUCCCAGGCCAUCUCAUUUGCCAAGUCACAAGAUGAUCCUGACCUUUGGGAGGAUCUUCUUGACUACUCCAUGGACAAGCCUAAGUUCAUUCAUGGACUCCUCGUCGAGGCUGGAACGUCUAUUGACCCAAUAAAGCUUGUGCGCCGGAUCCCAAGCGGUCUAGAAAUCGAAGGUUUGCGAGACGGUCUCACUCGCUUGAUCCGCGAACACGACUUGCAAGCGAUUAUUAGCCAGGGCGCUGCGAGAGUCAUGCAUGGUGAGGUCGCCUUGGGAAUGGAUACUUUGCGCAGGGGGCAACGCCGCGGAAUCGCAUUCAAUAUAGCCGAGGAUGCAAAUGAGAAGAAUACAGAUUUGACACCAACAUUGAAGAACCAAAACCCAGACGCUGCAUCAAUGUCUAGUGGUUCGACCAAGCCCACUGGUCCCAAGCGUGGAACAUGUGGUGGAUGCCAUGUUCCAUUCAAGACAAACGAAAAAGAGAUCCUCGUUGGCUUUGCCUGUGGCCACGUCUUCCACCUAUCCCAUCUACAUCCGGAGGGGUCACCACAAAACUCGAGCACAAACAGCGUGGCAGAACGUACACCUCGGCCUUCAUCUCCGUCUGAGGAGUUUUCUUCAACAGCUUCUCGUACUGUGGGUCCCAAGGUGACAACCGCGCGGCUUUUGCGAGAUAAGGUUGGAGACGGAUGCCGAAUCUGCGCAUUAACAAGGAAGAUUGAGUCACUUGGUAACGAAGGCGAGGAGUGA